CCCCUGUAUUUCUGCUCAACUUUCUUAGCUAACCUCCAUUCCUGCUCAACUUUCUUAGCUUUCUUCGCUUCCGGUUUCACAGCACCUUUAGCUUCUCUACCUUCUCUUAAGCCAUGGAUUCUAGUUCUCCUUUUGACUGCCUUAUCUUCGAUUUGGAUGACACUCUGUACUCUUCCAAGAUUGGACUUGCCGAAGCUCUUAGGAAAAAUAUUGAUGAUUAUCUUGUUGAGAAAUGCGGAUUCCCAGAGAGCAAGGCCUCGAAUCUCCGAUAUGAGCUUUUCAAAACGUACGGCAGCUCCCUUGUUGGCUUGCGGGUUUUGGGGUAUGACAUUGACGCCGAUGAUUACCAUGGCUUCGUACACGGAAGAUUGCCGUAUGAUUUGAUCAAACCGGAUUCUCAGUUGCGAAACCUCGUAUGUAACAUUACCCAACGAAAAAUCAUUUUCACGAACUCGGAUAGGAAUCACGCGGUUAAGGUCUUGGAUCGGCUCGGAUUAAAAGACUGCUUUGAGCAAAUCAUAUGCUUCGAGACAAUGAACCCGAACCUCUCUAAGUCGACCCGGCCCGACGAGUUCCCAGUGCUUCUCAAGCCAUCUAUGGACGCCAUGAAGAUCGCGCUGGAUGUUGCCGACGUUGAUCCUCGUCGAACGUUGUUUCUCGAUGACAACGUUUGCAACGUCGCUGCCGGGAAAGACUUGGGUCUCCGAACCGUUUUGGCCAACUCCACCUGUGGCUCAAGAAAUUUGCAACAGCUCGUCCAACCUCUCCUACUUGACCACCUCGCCGAUAAACAUUUCGGGGAAAAAGGAUCUCGAGGAUGCCAGCGGUAG